AUGGAUUGGAAAAAGGAUGAUGAAGAGAAAAAGAAAAUCUUGGAAUGUGAGGUCAAUGUAAUCGAACGAAGCGAAGUGAAGUGUGUGCUUCCGGAGGGGCGCGCAUGCAAGAAGGAUCUGAAAGAGAUGCAAAUGGCUAAAAUAGCCUCUGCCUUAUUUUAUUAUCAAUCAAAUAAAACGUUAUUGUAUGUAUCAAUCCUUACAUCGCCUACUACUGGCGGGGUAACGGCUAGUUUUGGUAUGUUGGGAGAUAUCAUUAUUGCCGAACCAAAUUCCUACAUUGCAUUUGCGGGUAAAAGAGUAAUUGAACAAAGAUUGAACCAAACAGUCCCUGAAGGUUCACAAGUGGCUGAAUAUUUAUUCGAGAAGGGUUUAUUCGACCUAAUUGUACCACGUAAGCUUUUAAAAAACGUUCUGGGCGAGUUAUUUAAGCUGCACGCCCUCCUUCCUUUGAAUUCCAAUUCAAUCAAGUAG